AUGGCAUUUAACGCAGGUAUUGAAGACAAAAAUGUAACAAGCCCAGUAAGAAGAAAUUCAGGAUGGGUUUUUAGAUCAAUGGAAAUCAAGGACCAAGAUGUCAAUGAAAAUUCAAAAGUAACUGAGGAUAGUGAAAGUUUGCCGACUCUGCACAUGAGAAAAUCGUCAAAACUCUCGAGUGAUAUUUUUAGUGAAAAAAUUAACUUGGAUACACCUUGUCAUACUUUCCAGGAUUUGGAUAUGAUUCUGGAAGGGAAAACCAAACAUUUUGUUUUUGAAGAGCAUCAGAAACGAGAGGAAUUGCGUGAAAAGCAUGAACCGUUAAAGAGGUCUGUUUUUUCAACAAAAUCUGGCAGAGGACAUAUAAGAUCAAUUCAUGAUAGUGAGUUUGAUAGUCAGAAUACAUGCAAAGUUUGUAUUUUACAAUAA